AUGGCACGCGGCCGAGAGCGGCAGGACCGUACCCCUUCCCCGAUGGCGAGGGUCCGCGUCGACGGCACCUCCGACAUGAUGCUGGCAGAGUUCAGCGACGUCGGCUGGGAAACCCGGGCCAUGCGCCAGCGGCAGGCGCAGAUUACCAUCCGCGUCCGGAGGCUGGUGCGCGCCGAGCAGAACCGCACCGUCAGCAUGCUGGAGCGCUGCCUCUGCGGGCUGGUUUUCAAGAACCUCUGCAGGCAGCCCUUCGCCAAUCUGCCCCUCGUGGGCGGGGGGUCCGCGGGGCGUAAGCUCACGCGCGAGUAG